CCAUGGGUCCCCUGUGGAGCUGGUGGACGCUCUGGGCUGGAGCAACCCUCCUGUGGGGAUUGACCCAGGGGGCCUCAGUGUACUCCAAGAACUCUGGCGGGGAGGAAUUCCUCACCGCCUUCCUGCAGAACUAUCAGCUCCGCUACAGCAGCGCCUACCCCAGCCUCCUUAUCUCCAGUCUGUCAGAGAGCCCUGCCUCAGUCGUCAUCCUCAGCCAUGCGGACAAUACCUCACAGCAGGUCACAGUGAGGCCCAGGGAGUCAGUCAGGGUCAACAUCAGUGCCGAGGCUGAGAUGAUCGGCAGCAAGACCUUCCAGCACGCGGUGGUGGUCCGCUCUGACCGCGCCAUCUCUGUGCAGGCGCUAAACAGCAAGCCCAACACGGCGGAGCUGACGCUGCUGCGGCCCACCCCGGCCCUGGGCACCGAGUACUUUGUGCUCACACCCCCCGGCACCUCAGUCAGCAAUGUCCAGGAGUUUGCGGUGGUGGCCGGUGCCGCAGGUGCCUCGGUCAGUGUCGAGCUGAAGGGGUCGGUGACAUUCAACGGCAAGUCCUACCCAGCAGGCGGUGUCCUAAGUGUGACUCUGCAGCCCUACAAUGUGGCCCAGCUCCAGGGCACAGUGAAUCUCUCGGGGUCAAAGGUCACAGCCAGUAGUCCCGUGGCCGUCCUCUCUGGCCACAGCUGUGCCCAGAAACACACGACCUGCAACCAUGUGGUGGAGCAGCUGCUACCCACAUCUGCCUGGGGCACCCACUAUGUAGUAGCCUCUCUGGCCUCCCAAUCCCGCUUCGAUUUGGCUUAUGUUGUGGCUAGCCAGGCCACAAAGCUGACCUACAACCACGGGGGUACCGCUGGCUCCCGUGGGCUCCAGGAGGGUGAUGUGGUAGAGUUUGAGGUCCGGCCAUCCCGGCCACUCUACCUGUCUGCAGAUGUGGGCAUUCAGGUCCUGCUGUUUGGCACAGGUGCCAUAAGGAAUGACGUGACCUAUGACCCCUUCCUGGUCCUGAUCCCCAGUGUGGCGUCCUACUGCCCUGCCUAUGUGGUCAAGAGUGUGCCAGGCAUUGAGGGCGUGGCCCUGGUGGUGGCACAGACGAAGGCUGCCAGCGAGCUGACCAUAGAUGGGCAGGCAAUGGGGGCCAACCUCACCUGGGCGGUUGUGCCAGGCAGCGAGUUCUCGUACACCGAAGUGGAGCUUGGCACGGCUGACACGGUCCACGUGGCCCAGGCCACCACUGACUUCGGGAUGCUCAUCUUCGGGCUGACCGAGGCUGUGAGCUAUGCGACAGCAGCGGAUUGCAGCCAGACUGUGCUGGCCCCAGCGGAGCCCUCCUGCGAAGGCGUGAAGUGCGCAGCCGGGCAGCACUGCCAGGUGGUGGACGGGAAGCCUAAGUGCGUGGCGGAGUCCUCCGCUGUCUGCCGCGCGCAGGGCGACCCCCAUUACACCACCUUCGAUGGCCGUCGCUACGACAUGAUGGGCACCUGUUCGUACACGAUGGCGGAGUUGUGCAGCAAGGACGACACCCUGCCCGCCUUCAGCGUGGAGGCCAAGAACGAGCACCGGGGCAGCCGCCGUGUCUCCUACGUGGGCCUGGUCACCGUGCACGCCUACAGCCACUCCGUGUCGCUGACCCGCGGGGAAGUUGGCUUCGUCCUGAUUGACAGUCAGCGCUCGCGCCUGCCAGUCUCCCUAAGCGAGGGUCGCCUGCGUGUGUACCAGAGUGGGCCACGGGCCGUGGUGGAGCUGGUCUUCGGGCUGGUGAUCACUUAUGACUGGGACUGCCAGUUGGCACUCAGCCUGCCCGCACGCUUCCAAGGCCAGGUGUGGGGGCUGUGUGGCAACUAUAAUGGUGACCCAGCGGACGACUUCCUCAUGCCUGACGGGAAUCAGGCUGCUGACCCCGUGGAGUUCGCAAGUAGCUGGAAGUUGGAUGAUGGGGACUACCUGUGUGAGGAUGGCUGCCAGAACAACUGUCCCACCUGCACGCCAGGCCAGGCCCAGCACUAUGAGGGUGACCGACUCUGUGGCAUGCUGACCAAACUUGACGGCCCCUUCGCUGUCUGCCAUGACACCCUGGAUCCCAGGCCCUUCCUGGAGCAGUGUGUAUACGACCUGUGCGUGGUUGGUGGGGAUCGGCCCAGCCUGUGCCGUGGCCUCAGCGCCUAUGCCCAGGCCUGUCUGGAGCUUGGCAUCUCGGUUGGGGACUGGAGGUCACCAGCCAACUGCCCCUUGACCUGCCCCGCCAACAGCCGCUACGAGCUCUGCGGCCCCGCCUGCCCGGCCUCCUGCAACGGGGCUGCGGCGCCGUCCAACUGCUCCGGGCGCCCGUGCGUGGAGGGCUGCGUGUGUCUCCCGGGCUUCGUGGCCAGCGGCGGCGCCUGCGUGCCGGCCUCGUCAUGCGGCUGCACCUUCCAGGGCCUCCUGCUCGCUCCGGGCCAGGAGGUGUGGGCGGACGAGCUGUGCCAAAGGCGCUGCACCUGCAACGGCACCACCACCCAGCAGGUGACCUGCCGCGACACGAAGGGCUGCCCGGCGGGCGAGCGCUGCAGCGUCCAGAACGGCCUCCUGGGCUGCUACCCCGACCGCUUCGGGACCUGCCAGGGGUCCGGGGACCCACACUACGUGAGCUUCGACGGCCGGCGCUUCGACUUCAUGGGCACCUGCACGUACCUGCUGGUCGGCUCGUGUGGCCAGAACGCGGCGCUGCCCGCCUUCCGGGUGCUGGUGGAAAAUGAGCAUCGGGGCAGCCAGACCGUGAGCUACACGCGCGCUGUGCGGGUGGAGGCCCGCGGGGUGAAGGUGGCGGUGCGCCGGGAGUACCCGGGGCAAGUGCUGGUGGACGGCGUCCUUCAGUACCUGCCUUUCCAAGCAGCAGAUGGCCAGGUGCAGGUGUUCCGCCAGGGUAGUGAUGCCGUCGUGCGCACCGACUUUGGCCUGACCGUCACCUACAACUGGGAUGCACGAGUGACUGCCAAGGUGCCCAGCAGCUAUGCUGAGGCCCUGUGUGGACUCUGCGGGAACUUCAAUGGGGACCCAGCUGAUGACCUGGCUCUGCGGGGUGGGGGCCAAGCUGCCAAUGCAUUGGCCUUUGGGAACAGCUGGCAAGAAGAAACGAGGCCCGGCUGUGGUGCAACUGAACCAGGUGACUGUCCCAAGCUGGACUCCCUGGUGACCCAGCAGCUGCAGAGCAAGAAAGAGUGUGGAAUCCUUGCUGAUCCCGAGGGGCCUUUCCGGAAGUGCCACAGCAAGCUGGACCCCCAGGGUGCCGUGCGCGACUGUGUCUAUGACCGCUGCCUGCUGCCAGGCCAGUCUGGGCCACUGUGUGACGCGUUGGCCACCUACGCUGCUGCCUGCCAGGCUGCUGGAGCCACAGUGCACCCCUGGAGGAGUGAGGAACUUUGCCCACUGAGCUGCCCACCUCACAGCCACUACGAGGUAUGUUCCUACGGCUGCCCGCUGUCCUGUGGAGACCUCCCAGUGCCCGGGGGCUGUGGCUCCGAAUGCCAUGAGGGCUGUGUGUGUGAUGAGGGCUUUGCCCUCAGUGGUGAGUCCUGUGUGCCCCUGGCCUCUUGUGGCUGCAUCCACCAGGGCAGCUACCACCCGCCAGGCCAGACCUUCUACCCGGGCCCCAGCUGUGAUUCCCUUUGCCACUGCCAGAAGGGUGGCCUGGUGUCCUGCGAGCCCUCUACCUGUGGCCCACAUGAGGUCUGCCAGCCAUCGGGUGGCAGCUUGGGCUGUGUGGCCGUGGGCUCUGCCACCUGCCAGGCGUCGGGAGACCCCCACUACACCACCUUCGACGGCCGCCGCUUCGACUUCAUGGGCACCUGCGUGUAUGUGCUGGCUCAGACCUGCGGCACCACCCGGCCUGGGCUGCCCUCGUUUGCCGUCCUGCAGGAGAACGUGGCCUGGGGUAAUGGGCAAGUCAGUGUGACCAGGGUGAUCACGGUCCAGGUGGCAAACUUCACCCUGCGGCUGGAGCAGAGACAAUGGAAGGUCACGGUGAGAGCAAUGGGGAGCAGGGUCUCCACCUUCUCUUUAAGGUGUUGGUGA